GGUUCAGAGGGACACAUUUCACAGCAGGACACAGACAAUUUUUAUAUGGCUGUAAUUCUGUGGAUUUAUUUUCUGUAUUUGUAACAGGUAGAAGCAAUUUUUGGAAUGGAUUUAUCAGAUUUUUCUUUCGAUGGACGACUCGUAAGGGAUUGUGUAAUUCUGUACAGCCUCGGCCAUCUGAAAAUGACAGAUACAGCAGGUGGAUAAGAAUCUUGGUUGGAUUUUAAUUUCUCUUGCAAUUGCUUUGUGGGAAAACAUAGAAGUCACCUUGUAUUUUCAAGACUGAAAAAAUGGGCUGCUCACCCUCCAAAAGUACCAAUUUGGGCAGUUUGGGUGCCAUGAGGAGGGAAAGAAUGUUACCUGCAGUGCCUCAAGAAAAGAAGGAUGAAGAUGGAAGAAAGAACAAUGUAACAGGAUCUGGAAAAGGGGAAGCAAAGGGUAACAAGGAAUCUCCACAUGUCCAGGUACUUCAGAAAGAAGCACAAAUGACACCACAAAAAAAGAGAUAUGCCACUGAAGAAGUGAACACUGAGGUAAAUAACAUUGAUAAAGGUGAGAGUACAGCAACAGAAAAAGUCACACUGCCACUAAGAAAGGAUAAAAACUUUGACAAGGAGUUAGCUGAUAAAAAGUCUAGCAGGAAACCAAAGAAAUUGGCCAAAGGUACUAAAGGUCCCAGAAGGAAAGACCAGGAAAAGAUAUCUACAGAUCAAAAAGUAGACUUUCCAGAACCUUUAGUAAAAGCUCAUCAAGCUGCAUAUGCCUUUUUGAAUCCCAGUAUAAACAAAUAUGAUUCUGUACUUGAGCUCAUGGAAGAAGCCACGCAAACUCAGAUUUCUGUGCAGACAAUGAUAGCCUUCAUGGCUUUGCGCUAUGAGGAAAUUAUUCAGGGACUGGAAGAAAUGACAGAGGAGGGGGAACAGGUUUUGAAAGAAAAUGGAGAACAUCUUGCUUGGCCAAGCCAAAUGAAAAAUCUCUCAUCUUCCCAGCGGACGACUGCUCCGAUUAGCUCAGAAUCGCCACCAGAUUUGUUGCAGCAGCUUCUUCAGUACACCACUCAGAGGAUGAGGAAUGUGAGCCGGACUGUUUGUGGAAUUGGAGACUCUGCUUUGGAGGAAGCAGUGGAUUACUUUGCCUCAGUGUCAGAGCUUUUAGAAGAGAAAAUGAAAAUCAAACGCACUUUGGAGGCCAGGAUGAUGCGACUCUUAACCCAAAUAGAAAUGGCCUCCCUGCGCAAGCCUGGAGGAGAGGAUUCAGCUCUGUUUAGUGAGGACAGUGGUAUUGGGGCUGAGAAUGAAUCCAUUAAUGGAUGCGAAAAGCAUCAUAGACGAGAGAGUUGUGGGUCCAAUGGGACAAACAGAACUCCACUCAGUCCUACAGAGUACACUGCUAUGAACAUCACUGGAGCAUCGAUAGAAAAAUGUGGGACUCAAAUAAGUCCAAGUUUUUCUCUCACUUCACUCAACUCACUUGAUUCGACAUGUACCAUAGUGCCUAAUGACCAAAGAGAUUCGCUGUUAGGCUCGGCCUCCCUAGAUGAUGGUGAAGACGAGAACAAUGAUGAAGAGGAAGGAGAUAGAGGUGUGAAGGAUGGAAAAGUAGGAUUCCCGGUAAGAUCUAAAUCUUCACCCAUGAGUUCAGCAACUCCUCCGCUCCGCAUACCAAGAAAACGCAUAGAAAAUCCUCAAAAUGUAGAAAUGACUCUCAAGAUGAAAAAUGCUGUAAGUGAUAGAAUACGGUUUGUACAAAAGCAGAACACUGGUGCCAAAGCAAAAAUAGCAGGCACUCCAAAGACCACUAGACAAGAUUGGACAGAUGAGGAGGUGCAGUCUCCAAGGAGGCCUCAAACAGCAACAGCUGUUCGGAGAACAGAAAUAAAAAAGAACCCAGUUGCCAGGGGUCAGCGUUCUAGGUCAGCAGAAUCCUUGCGGAGUAAAGGUGAAGAUCCAACUCUGUUUGAGCUAGAAAUGACUCAGAAUGCUCUAAACCAGAGAUUACAAAGGAUGAGUAAAACCAAAGUGGUAGGAAACUCAAAGUCGGUUACAUUUAAACAAACACAAGGAAAUUCACCUGCUCAAUCGCCAUCAAUAAAUCGAAAACAGCCUCCACAAUGUAAAAACAAUAAUAGCCAAUUACCUAAAGACAAAACACGUCUCUUAAAGCACAACAACAAAAAAGAAGUCAUCUGUGAUGUUAACAAAGAUAAACAGGAAGACAAAACAGAAUCCACAUGUCAUAUAAAAACUACUCCUCCACCUAGCCCUCCUUUAUCACCACAAGAGUCGUCUGGCUUUCACAGGGGCAGGAAUUCAGUCAAAAAGCUGAUUGAUACCUUCAGCCAGGGUAUAGAGGAAAGAGAAACUCCUAAGGUUCUUGGGCCUUUAAAAGGGGUGCGAAAGUGUGGUGUCCCCAUCCUACCAGGUUUAGGAAAUGUAGAAGCAGUUCUUAGUAUGGGAGUGACCAGCUGUAGACCUGAGUCCACAACAUCUGAAAAAAAUGAUUAUUUUGAUCUUGACAAUCUUCCUCCACCUCCUCUGGAAGUACUGAUGGACACUUCUUUUGAAAGUGCCCAAAGUGGAUCGACUGCAGCAGGAGAUGGGACUACAAAAGUGGGAAAGUCACCUGUGCUAAAAAGGCCUGCUGUAUCCCAAAGACUUAGAGCUUCAAUUCAGACUGUCACAGUAUUACCAAGCAAAGGAGGCUUACCACAGUCAACAAAGAUUGUUUUUCAAGAUACACCUGCUUUUUCAAAAGUCAGUCAACCCAAUGGAAUGGAGACAGAAUCAUCAAACUAUCAAGUUAGAAAGAUCUUACACACACAACGAUCUUCUGACUCAAACUCGGAGAGCUCCUUGAUUAGAAGGGAAGCAACCUCAGAACCCCAAGGAGAAUCACCUGAAGUACAGCAUAACGGGAAGAUUUCAGUGCCUCAACGUAAUACCACUGCAGCUAUCAUGCCUCCUUCCUCAGUUGCCAGUAGCCAACCACUUGGCACUCCACCUGUCUCUAAAGGCCGGAUGUUACCUUCCACUCCGUCUACCCCAAGUAGUUUGCAUAGAAGACUUCCCAGCCCUCUUGGUUCAAAAAAGGAAGUUUCAACACCCCCAGCAAAUAGCUCCCCUGUUAACAAGACACCUUCUACACCACCGGCACUUCAACGGAGACUUCCCAGCCCACCUGUUGUAAACCAGAACUCUUGCACCUCCUACCCUUUCAAAGCACCAUCUCCACCAGCCUCACCAAAGGUACAAAAAGGGUCAAGGAAGAACAGCACCGAAGAAUCAAGUGCACAGAUGUUCAGUAAUGCUCGUUCAGUGUUCUGCCCAGUUUCUCCAUCCAUGUUUGAGGCCCAGCCUUGUUCAGUCAUCCAACCACAUCAAGCAUGGACUUCCAGCAGGGUUUCAGUUCUUUCCAGUUGUUGGGGGAGUCGCGGAAGGUUCCCCGUGUCUGUACAAGGACCACGACCCUUUGUUCGACGUAGCCAAUCAGACAGAAGGCCAAGUCUAAGCAUGACUUCCCGAUUCCAAGGAACUUCAGUGGCUGAAACUUGUGGAAGUGAACCAGCAAUAUGUACAAAGGGGCUAGAUGACAAUACAGCCAGACAUCGUGAAUUAUGGGGUAGCCAGUCAGACCUCAGGACAACGCCACGCUCUGCAUCACACCCGGAUCUGUGUGUUGUUGGACAGGCCUUACACAGGAGCUAAACAGGGCCAACACCGAGGCUGUGGGAUUAUAGAUUAGCAAGCAUUACUGUGGAUUUAAAAUUGUCUUGUUUAUUUCACUUGGAAGAGAAGAGGAGCUAUUUCCAUCCACUAUGUCAUGUAACACGCCUCCAGAUACUCUGUACUUGGCUUCUUUCUCAACAAGUUGUGUUGCUGUUAGCUGUUAUUGUUAUUGUGCUGUUUUUGGUUUUUAUGUUUACAAAAUAUAAGACUUGUUCAUUAGUUAUGGACGAUUAUAAUACAACAUCUGUUGGACAAGUCUGAUCAAGAUUUUGAUCAGUUUUUUGUAGGUAACAUUUAACAAAUUGAAGAAAAACAAAUUCUGAUCAGACAUUCAAUUUAAGACAAGUGUGGUCAAAACUGGUGGUAGAAAACCAAGUGCUAAACGUUUACAUCAAUUAAACUACAUACAUUUUUAUGAAGAGAGACAUCUCUGUUAUUUUUUGAUAUUUUCUUUGUGAUUUGUUUUUAAUUUUUGAUGUCCAUGUGAUGUGAAAUUUAUUUAAUUUUCUCUAAAAAAACAUUCAUAAUUUUUUCAGUCUGUCAUUUUUACUAUUUCUUUAUCAUUAUUACUAAUAAAAACAAAACAAAACAAAACAAAGCCAUUACUUGCGCCAUUGUUUCCAUGACCAA